AUGGCAACACAAGACACUGUAAGUCCACAAAGUGUAGGCUCAGGUACUGCUGAAUAUGAUCCAAGGACAGAUCCAAAAAGGAAGGCCAGGUCUGGUGAUCCUAGGUGGAAGUAUGGCUUCUGGCCAGAAAUUGGCAACAGAGAUUUGGUUGAGUGUAUCCUCUGUGGAACUCAAGUAAAGUCUAGAAUCAAGAGAUUGAAGGAGCAUCUUGUAGGUGGAUAUGGAGAUGCUCUCAAAUGUGAGAAGACAACAACAGCAAUUGCUGCUGAAAUGGAAGCAGCACUAGUUCAGGGAAGAAGAAGGAGAGCGCUAAACCUAGAUGAUGAUGAUGAUGGUGUUCAAGUGGUGGAGGUUCAAAACAAUGCUAAUGCUGCCUCUCAGUCAUCUGGUACAACUGUGCAACAUCCAAGUUCAGGGACAACAUCCAAAAGGAAGCAAUCUGCUCUCAAAUUUGUAAAUCUGCCACCUAGACCAAAAGAGAAAGAGAAGAAGUCAGUGAUUACCAUGCUUCGGAAAAAACCUGAAGAAGUGGUUGAGGAAAGGCAUUCUAAGAAUGGACCUGCACAAAGCAGUGUGGAGGGAAGGAUCAGGACCAAGGAAGAAAGAGAUGAAGUCAAUAUGCAUGUGGCCAAUUUCUUCUAUGAGUGUAGAAUACCACUCAAUGCUAUCAACUCAAGGAGCCUUGAGAUUAUGUGUGAGGCCAUUGGGCAGUAUGGACCUGGAUAUAGACCUCCUAGCUACCAUGAGGCGAGGGUGCCAUUGCUUGGAAAGGCUGUGGAACAGGUCAACAAAAUAAAGGAGAAGCAUGAGGCUGCUUGGAAGCAAUAUGGCUGUACACUAAUGUCAGAUGGGUGGACAGAUAGGCGGGGCCGUCACCUCAUUAAUUUCCUAGUCAAUAGUCCAGAGGGGACUUUCUUCUUGGAGUCUGUUGAUGCAUCCAGUGAAGUACAUGAUGCACCAAUGUUGGCAGAUUUACUACAGCAGAGAAUUGAUCUCAUUGGAAGAGACAAGGUUGUUCAAGUGGUCACUGACAACGGUGCUAAUUAUAAGGCAGCUUGCAAGCUUCUUAUGGAAAGAAUUCCAACACUGUUCUGGACCCCUUGUGCAGCACACUGUUUGGACCUCAUGCUAGAGGACAUUGGCAAAAUGAAGGAGUUUAGCAAGCCUAUUGCACGUGCAAGACAAGUUACUACCUUUAUUUAUAGGCACGGGAGGCUUCUUGAUGCAAUGAGGGAGAAGACAGGAGGUAGAGAUCUUGUUAGACCAGGAGUAACUCGUUUUGCUACUGCUUUCCUCACUUUGCGCAGCCUACACACUCAUAAGGAUGCUCUGAAAUUCCUAUUUGUAAGUGAUGACUGGACUAAGUCCAAAUUGGCAAGAACAGAAGCAGGAAAGAAAGUGCAUGACACCAUCCUUUCAACCGAAUUUUGGAACUCAGUUGAGGACUGCCUGAGAGCAUCACAGCCCCUUAUUGUUUUGUUGAGGAUAGUUGAUGGGGAUGAGAGGCCAGCAAUGCCAGAGGUUCAGUUUUGUAUGGAAUAUGCAAAGAAAAAGAUUAAAGAAAAUUUCCCUACUAGGGGAAAGGCAGACUUGCUUAAGCGUAUCUUGGCAAUCAUUGACAAGCGUUGGGAAGAUCAAAUGGACCAACCAUUAUAUGGGGCAGCACUAUAUUUGAACCCAAACAAGUAUUUUGACCUGAAAACAGAUGAUGUUAUGGCUGGUAAGCUAAGGUCUGCAUUUACUGAGGUUCUUUCAAAAAUGGUGCCUGACCAAGAUCUUCAAAACAAGAUUGAUGACCAAGCUUUGGAAUAUGAGGACUUAAGGGGUAGCUUCAGCAACAAAAUUGCAAUCAACAACAUCAAAACCAAGUCUCCUAUUGAAUGGUGGCGUUCAUAUGGUGGCAAAGCCAUAGAGCUUCAAAGAUUUGCAAAACGUGUUGUUGGGCUUUGUGCUUCGGCUUCAGGUUGUGAGCGUUGUUGGAGCACAUUUGAGUCAAUUCAUACUAAGAAAAGAAACAGGUUAGAGCAUAAAAGGCUUAAUGAUUUGGUCUAUGUUCAGUACAACCGAAAGAUGGCAGUGAGGUUUCAAAAGCGACAUGAGAAAGGAGCAGGCAGCUUUGAUCCUUUGUGUUUGGAAGACUUUGAUUGGAACAAUGAAUGGGUUGAUGUGGAUGCGGAACCAGUCCAUAAUGGCCGUGGACUUGAAAUUACAUGGGAUCAAGUUGAUGAGGCUGUUGGUGCAUCCCAAAUGUAUCGUGGUCGUAAUUUCCCUAGGGCAGCCCGCGGCGAUGCAACUAAUAUUGAUAGAACUUAUACUCGUAGGCGGUCUGCAGCAGCUAAUGCCCCAAUUAGGAGGACUUAUGAACCACAGGAGGAUGAAGACAUGGAAGAUGAUAACUCUGAUGAAGAAUAUCUGGUUGAUGAUGUGGAAGUUGAUGACUAUGGUGAAAUUGCACCUAUUGUUGCUGACGAAAGUGAUCAAGCUGCUGCUGGUGGUGGCAAUUCAGAUCCUUUUGUGAUGGAGGAUGACUUCUAUUGA